UCUUAAAAUUGGUGGGUUUGACGUGUCUCUCCCUCUUGUGAUUUCUUAAAUUUUGUACAAAAUAGUAAUGAUUUUCUAAUUAAUAAAAUAUAAUAACAUAGAGGGAAAUUAUUAAGGACUUCAGACAGAAUGGAUUUUUUGAAGAGCGGUCUGAAGACCGUUCUAGGUGCACCGGAACCUGGUCAUCAUCCUUCAGGCGCUGAAACGGUGGAGCGUUUGGUGGAGCGAGUUAACAAUUCUACACUAUUAGAAGAUCGUAGAGAUGCUUGCAGAGCAUUGAAAGCUAUGUCCAGGACAUACAGAGUAGAAGUGGGAGCUCAAGGAAUGGACACAUUGAAGCAGGUUUUAGAAUUGGAUCGUGCUGAUAGUGAAACCAUUAACCAUGCACUAAAUACUUUAAACAAUGUAAUGUCACCAUCACAAUUUGAAGAAGAAGAGGAAAAUCCACAAGUGCCUAUGAACAUCGGAGAGCAGUUUACCGAAAUGUUUAUAAAAGAUCAUAACAAUGUUCAACUAAUCCUAGAUUUGCUAGACGAAUAUGACUUCAGAGUGAGACUAUCAGCAGUACAGUUGCUAACCUCUUUGUUAACAAAUAGACCGAAAGAUAUGCAAGAAAUCAUCCUCGUUAAACCUAUGGGUGUUUCUAAAAUGAUGGAUCUUUUGAGUGAUAACAGAGAAGUUAUACGAAAUGAAACAUUACUACUUUUAAUAAAGCUAACAAAAGGAAAUGCAAAUAUACAAAAGAUUGUCGCAUUUGAAAACGCUUUUGACAGAUUAUUCGAAAUAGUAUCAAGUGAAGGAUUUUCCGAUGGUGGAAUUAUUGUUGAAGAUUGUUUACUGCUUAUGUUGAAUUUAUUGAAGAAUAACAGUAGUAAUAUUAAUUUCUUCAAAGAAGGUAGUUAUAUACAGAGGAUGCUGCCGAUGUUUAACACACCUGAAGAGAAUGAGGAUGCAGGUUGGUCACCGCAGAAAGUAUCAAAUGUCCACUGCAUGCUGCAUAUUGUCCGUACAUUGGUAUCACCGUGUAACUCCGUACAGAUUGUCUCUGAUUGUCAAAGGAUUUUAAAGAAUGCUGGUUUGUUGGACUCCUUGUGUAAUAUAUUGAUGGCGAGUGGUGUACCAGCUGAUAUAUUGACGGAAACAAUAAAUACUGUCGGUGAAGUGGUGAGAGGUAAUGUUGGUAAUCAAGAGUUUGUGGGCAAUGUGAUGGCACCUUCAAACCCGCCGCGACCUGCUAUCGUAGUAUUACUUAUGUCUAUGGUUAACGAGAAGCAACCAUUUUCUUUAAGAUGCGCAGUUUUAUACUGUUUCCAAUGUUAUCUAUAUCACAAUGAGAUGAGUCAAGCAAAUCUAGUCCAGACACUUCUACCAUCUUCCACUGAUGUCUCAAACCUGACAAGUGGACAGUUACUCUGCGGAGGUCUCUUCUCUUCAGAUGUGUUAUCAAACUGGUUCUCAGCGGUGGCUCUGAUGCAUGCAUUGAUUGACAAUCCAAUACAAAAGGAACAACUAUUACGAGUGUUGUUGGCGACUAAUAUUGGAAGUUCUCCCGUCUCAUUGUUACAUCAGUGUACCUUGUUGUUGCAACAAACAACAAAGUUACAAUCUAAGGUGGCGCUGCUGAUGUUGCUGAGUCAGUGGACGGCGCGGUGCGCGGGCGCAGUGACCGCCUUCCUGCGCGCACCCUCAGCUGUCGCCUACCUCGUCAACCAGACCUGCUCCAAUGAUCACGACGACAACGAAUACUUGCUGCAAGGUCUAUCAGCGUUCCUGCUAGCGAUCUGCAUCCACUUCAACGACGACUCAGUGGAGAACUACAGCAGAGAGUCGCUGAAGCAGCUGGUGGUGCGUCGCGUCGGCAUGGAGACAUUCGUGGCCAAACUGAGCGAGGUCUCCCGACACGAGCUGUACAACAAGGCGGCGAAGCACCCGCAGCUGAGGGCGAAGGCCCCCGCUGAGGUGCUCAUUGACUACGAGUUCUGCAGGCUGUUUAAAGUUUUGGAAAGUGUCCUCAUCCAGAGCCUGAUGGUGAAGGAGGAGAGUGGCGGAGAGGAAGCGGGUGGGGGUGGGGGUGGGGGCGAGGAGACGGGUGCGGGGCAGGGUGGGGGGGGCGCGGCGCUGGAGCAGUACAAGGCGCUGAUCCGGCAGCAGGACGCGCGCCUGCAGGAGCUGGUGGCGCAGCUGGAUGACAUGCUGCAACAGAAUCACGCCCUCCAGGUGGCGUUAAAUGAUUCAAAAUCAUCAAAUUCUCUUCUAAAAGACGAGAACACGUUACUAAAAGCGCAAGUUUCCGCGGCACAUGGCCACAGCAUCGAAGCUCACGACAAGUCACAAUACGAAGCGAAAAUAAACCAACUCACCGCAGAAAUAAACAGACUGAACGAAAUACUUAAAACUACGCAAGAAGAGAAGCAAAAGCAAGAAGUAGAGUUAGAGAAGUUGAAGAACGACCAGGAUGAUCUCUUAAUAUUGCUCUCGGAUUUGGAUUUGAAAGUGAAUGACUACAAAUCGCGCUUAGUGUCGUUAGGAGAAAAGGUUGAAGAUGACAACACGGAGGUCCAAGAGUCAAACCUCACGUAGUAACACUAAUUUUGUAUGUAUAUUGUGAUCAUUGUUGCAGGAGGGACAAACUAAUCCUCUUCCCUUUUCCACCCUUUCCUUAUAAGUAAAAAGAUGGGAAGAGGAAGUAGAUUGGACAGGGGAGGGAAUUUAUCGGUAAUUUUUUUUCUGUAGAUCAACAACCACUUAAUAAUAUGUAUGUAAAUCACAACUGAUAUAUAAAUCAUUUAUGUAUUAUAUUAUGAUUGUUAUUUAUGGCAGGAUUGAAUCAGUUUAUAGUUCAUUCCAUCAAUCAAAUCUUAUAAACAAUUGUCACUGUCAAAUUCCACUUUUUUUCUAUAUUUUUCAAAAAAAAAAGUAAGAGAAUGAUGUCUUCAUAUAUAGACCGACAAAGCUAUCUGAACCAGUGGGCAUACGUCAAACUAAAUUAUGACAGCUCACUAGCGCCCCUCUGUCAAUGUCAAUGAAUGUCAUAAUGCUCUUUGUACUGUCACUGUCAUUUCUUUUUUUUUCUUUAUCGUUUUCUAUGUCUAAGUAGGUUUUAUACAUAUUCUGAAAGAACCAAUCGCGAUAGUAGCGCUUUCACCGGUACAGAUAUCCUUGUUUGACUAUACACAUUUCCAAUAUAACUAUACAAUGUUUUGUACUUUUCUAAUAGUCUAUCUGUAAUUCCGUGUCUUAAAGCUGUUGUGUGUAACUGUGCGUUUUCACUGCAUUGACACGUUGUUUUUUUAAGAGAAUGAAAAGAUGACGAUAUUUGUCGAAACAAGUGCAGUGGAAUCGCAGUUAAAGUAAAUAGGAAUUGUAUUAUUGAAUGUAAAUAUGUUUAUUAAAAUCGCUGCAAUAAUGAUUUGCUAAUUCAUUAUUUUUCAUGCGUGUUAUAAAAUUAUUUUGUCAAAAUUAAAUGUCUGAUUCUAAUUUUAUUAAUUUUUCAAAAUAAUGCCU